AGGGCAGCUAGGGAGUCGGGUGCUGGCCGGGUACUCCCGGUGCGAAUCGGACCGAAGGGACUGGAAGGGGGCUUACAGAUGCCCAGUAUGCCCGGUAGGAUCAGCCUCUGCUCUGGGAGGGCGGCGGCCAUCCUAUUACUCAGCCCUCGACAUACUGCCCUCCCAGUUCCCUCCCCUCCGCGGAUAAACAAACACCAGCGCGUGACGCGACAGACUCCAAAACAGCUUCACAACUCAAACAACUCUGAAAAGUUGUUUCCUCCCCAUCUCUUUCUGUAAACUUUCCCGCCUCCACGUAUCGAAGCUCCUUCCAAUCCUUUGCUCAAUCAGGAGAUUGGGAUCGGGGGGACAGCGGCUGGUGCGGCGCGAUGGACCUGGCCGGGCUCCUGCUGGACGAAGAAGGCGCCUUCUCCCUCACCGGCUUCCAGGACUUCACGUUCCUCCCGGGACACCAGAAGCUGAGUGCCCGGAUCCGAAGGAGACUCUAUUAUGGCUGGGACUGGGAAGCUGACUGUAGCCUGGAGGAGCUCUCCAGCCCUGUGGCAGACAUUGCUGUGGAACUGCUCCAGAAGGCGGCCCCCAGCCCUAUUCGCCGACUCCAGAAGAAAUAUGUAGCCCAUGUGUCCCGGGAGGCAUGCAUCUCCCCAUGUGCGAUGAUGCUAGCUCUGGUGUAUAUUGAGCGCCUCCGGCACCGAAACCCCGACUACCUACAGCACGUGUCAUCCUCUGACUUGUUCCUGAUCUCCAUGAUGGUAGCCAGUAAGUACCUGUAUGAUGAAGGGGAGGAGGAAGAGGUCUUCAAUGAUGAAUGGGGGGCUGCCGGGGGCGUGGCCGUGCCCACUCUCAAUGCCCUGGAGAGGGGCUUCCUGAGUGCCAUGGAUUGGCGUCUCUACACUGACCCUCGGGAGAUCUUUGAGGUGCUGAGCUGGCUGGAGAGCUGUGUGGCCGAGCAGCAGGGCCGGCGGCGGGGCUGGUACACCUACACAGACCUGUGUGUGCUGCUCGAGCAGCCGGCCUGGCAGCUGGCCCUGGGCUCCCUCUGCCAGCGGCUGGCAAAGCUCUCCUGCCUGUUAGCCAUGGCCUAUGUGAGCAGUGUGGCCCUGGCUGUGGCAUCGGUGGCUGUGAUACACCAGUCCUUGGGGCUGUCCUGCAGCCCCCCACCUGGCCCUCCGGACCUUGGACUGGCCUCCAGCUGCCUCUUGGAACCCUGCACACCUUCUCCCGUGCCACAGUGCCUGCCGUGUCCUGCUAACGUCUCCAGCUGCCUGGAAGGCGAUGUAGGGCUGCGUUCACUUUGGGGCAGCGUUCUGGCCUCGCUGACUCCCCCACCAUUGCCUCCUCCAGACCCUCCCGCCCCUCCCACUCUUCUCCAUAACUGCCCCCUUUGCCCGAAGCUCCAGAGAGACUCCACAACCUGCCGCGCCUGCCGCCACCUCAACCGUACGGUCCCCACGGGGGCCCCCAGCCCUUGGUACCACUCCCACGGCCUGGCUCCCCCCUGGCCCUGGAGCCCAGUGCUUCCUCUGCUCCCACAGCCCCAGCAGUGUUCCCUUCUCAAGAUCAUGGAGCUGGCCCGCCUCAAGUCUUUCAUUUUCCCAGGCUAGGUAGGGCUCCAAGGAGUGCACGCAGAGGACUUGGGAGUCCCUAGGGAGAACCUGGAGGAGCAAAGCUUGAUUUAGAUCCUCUCUACCUCUCUGGGUCCUUGGCUGGUCCCUUGUCCUCCUGGGUGAUGGAGCUUAAGGGGUUGUGGGGCAGAAGGACUGAAGGUCACUCACUCUCCUAGGCUCAGUGGCUGGCUGCUUGGCCAGGGCAGUGAUGGUACCUGGGAAAGUGAGCUCAGUGACCAGGGGCAUGUCACAGCUGGGCAGAGGAGAAGCCCCUCUCUCUCCACCUCCCCUGGGCUCUUCUAGACUUGUUUUUGAGCUCCCCAGGAUGGAAGGAUAAUGGUUGGUGAUGGGAGAAAUGGGGGGAUGGCGAGGGUGGGGGUACGGGGGACAUUGACUGGUCUGUGUGAUGUUCCUGGAGCCGGAGAGCCAGGGGCUGAUCGGGCCAAGGUAGAAGCUGUGGAGGGAAGGUGGGGAAGGUGGGAAGCCCUCUCCACACCUGUCCCCUGGAUGUAGUCCAAAGGAGCCAGGGCCUGCUGGGACCUUCAGCCUUGCCCUCUUGUCUUCCAGCCCUCUCUUCUUAGUACCCUGCUCCUGGGCUUCCCUCUCCUCCGGUUCCUCUCCCGGGUCUUCUCUUCACAGGCCUCUCUGGCCGCCGCUUUGUAUCUGGAUUUUUCACGCUUUUGUAGAACUGAGGUUUCAAUAAACAGUUUCCAUUGCA